AUGGUAAAUAACAAUAACAAUAAUAUAGAUGAUGGUAUUAAAAUUUCAUUCAAAUUAUUUGGAUGGACUCUUUUUAAUAACUUCAAAAAACCAACUGAAACACCAAAAGUAGAAAACAGAGUUGCCACCACCAAAGAUACUCCAACAGGUUUCUUUUUCAAAUGGAGUUUAUUUGAUAUAAUCAAAUUAAAAAUUUCAAGAAAAGGUCAAGAUGAAUAA